AUUUCGUGAUUUAAUUGCUGCAUAUAUAUUUUUAAUAGAGACUAGCUCCAAAAUAAGUGAACAUUAAGAAAUGAUCCAAUGGAUUAUGUAAAUGUUCUGAGUAUUUGUUUGAACAAGGUGAUGCGCAGGUUCACUGACCUACAAACAAUCUUGAAUUGCGAAAUAACCUACACUUUUUUUCAAGUGAUCUUUACCCAGGCUUCAAACAUCCUUUUAAUUCUGUGUAGCGUCUCGCGCAGGCUGAUCCUCUCAACCGCAAGGAGGCCACACGCAGUACAAUUUCAACAAAUCAAACGCUGCGGUUUCAGAGAUUACCCCGUGAUGCUGAAGAAUGUGGAUUUUACAGUAGGGUUACUCAUAUUGUCUUUUAUUUCCGAGCGAUUGAAUACACGGGGGGCCUUUACAAACUUAAAUAUAGGACUGACCCACUCUUUCUGUUGAUGGUGUAAUGUUCUAUGGCGUCGGUUAGGCUCGAAAUGUAUGAAAAACAAUAGGCUUUUGGAAUUCAUUGUAGUCUAGGAUGCCUUAUCACGUUGGCUACAAGCGACUCUGAUCAACAAACACAGUCCUGUAUGCUUUUAAGGCAGGCAGCAUAGUCUGUCUGUUAAGGGGAUAUGUGUCACGGCCGUUGAAAGAAGAGGACCAAGGCGCAGCGUGAAAUAGAUGCUGUAAUUGGAGUGGACCAGAAACUACCAGAGAGGAGGAGGAGGAGGAGGAGGAGGAGGAGAAGGAGGAGGAGGAGGAGGAGAAGGAGGAGGAGGAGGAGGAUAUCACCAUGAAAUGUCUGAGUGCCUCCAGGUUCUGCUUCUACUUGGGUUUUGUAGUGGGGACCCUCAGCCUGUACCUCUUCCUGCGCCAGCUAUGGUUUGAGAGGAGCAUGGAGCUCCCUGUGCUGGGAGGGGUCCAUGGCAGCUCAGUAGCAGCGGUGGCAGAGGAGAAGCAGGCCAGUGUGGAGAGAGCAGCCCUCGUCAAUCUCAACGUCCCGCACCACACAGGUGAGUACAGUCGCGUGGCAGAUGAGUUGUACCAGAAGGUGCGCAUCCUGUGCUGGGUGAUGACAGGCCCCAGUAACCUGCAGACAAAGGCCCGCCAUGUCAAGGCCACCUGGAGCCGCCACUGCAACGUGGUGGUCUUCAUGAGCUCUGUCGACGACCCAGACUUCCCCACCGUAGGGCUGGGGACAGGGGAGGGCCGCGACCAGCUCUACUGGAAGACCAUCCGGGCCUUCCACUAUGCCCUGGAGCAUCAUGGGAACGAAGCCGACUGGUUCCUCAAGGCAGAUGACGACACCUUCGUAGUGGUGGACAACCUCCGCUGGGUACUGUCCAAUCACACGCCCGACGAGCCCCUCUACUUCGGCAAGCGCUUCAAGCCCUACGCCAAGCAGGGGUACAUGAGUGGCGGAGCGGGGUAUGUGUUGAGUAAGGAGGCCCUCAGGAGGUUCGUGGAGGGGUUCAAGUCCAAGGUGUGUACCCAUACCACCUCUGUGGAGGACUUGGCUCUGGGACAGUGUCUGGAGAAGAUGGGGGUUCUGGCCAUGGACUCGAGGGACACGUUGCAGCGGGAGACGUUUCAUCCAUUCGUACCGGAACACCACCUGACUGGGAAGUUCUCCAAGAGCUUCUGGUACUGGAACUACUGCUACUACCCCAUCGUAGAGGGUCCCCAGUGCUGCUCAGACCUGGCAGUAUCCUUCCACUAUGUGGACGCAGAGCUGAUGUACACGCUGGAGUACUGGACCUACCACCUCCGUGCCUACGGCUACAGAUACCGCUACAGACCUCCACUACCGCAGGGCCUGGUGGAGCGGCUGGCCCAGUCGGAAGGGGCCACUGUGGGGGCAGCUGGUAGAGGGACAGUCCCAGCUGGUAUUAUUGUUGUUGGUGGUGGAAACCAGUCCAAAAUAGAGGCAGUGUCAUAUGAAGGGGUUGCGAGUGGAAGUAAAAUCCCCAUGGACAAUAACAGGACGGCAGUCACACAGGAGAGACAGCAGUGAUUCUCUUUGGGCCGAAGCCUAACUUCCACUUAAGUGGAACGUGAACGUGGUCAUGCAUUGGUGUCAAUGGGGCUGUUUGAUUUGAAGCGUUUGAAUGUGUUUUUAAGGUGGUAACGGGAGUGUGUUGUUGUGUGAGAUGGAAACAGGACUUGUGAAAUGGUCAUGCCAGGAACAGGUUCGAUAUUUCCCACAUUGUGCAUCAGUUCCACCACAGUUCAGGUUUGAUUGGUUGUAGGGGAUUUAUUCAUCCAUAUACUGUAAAACUUUUUCCUCUAACGUGUUAACUGUUUUUUAUCGAUAUCUGUUGUUGUUUUAUCUGAUUUUCUGUUUGAAUUCCAAUAGGAUGCCGUUAGUGACCAUGUAUCUGUAUACACUUCUAGAUCAUUUACUUCAUGUAGCCCAUGCUGCAUAAAAACAUUCUGACCUGGACAUUUCCGAUAGCAUGAUAUCAAGCAUUUCUGUGUCUUACAGUUGAUUUGGAAAAUCAUCAUUUCCACAACCCUUAUUGACCAUCCAUAACUAUUCAAUUCUAUAUUGGUAAUGCACUUUUAGAGAGAUAUGAAGGGACUUUUAUAUGCGUGCACUGAACAAUGGUCGUUUCUUAACGUUGUCGAAAUUUUCGUCAGAAUCAGAGGUUUUUCGGCGUCAGGUCAAGCUGAUAGAGCACAUUUUUGAAUGGUAUUACAUUGCUCUGUGGUGUAGCUAAGUGUGAGUGUGUUUCAUGUCAAAUGUAAUACCCAUAUGUUUAUAUAUUCUAGAUAAUCUGCUAAGCAGUUGAAUGGCCUUAAAGUGGGGUAGAUUACACUUACUAUACCUACAGUACUAAAGUAUUUUUAGUACAGUACUACUUAAUGUCAUUUUUGGUUACAUAUUCAACGUGCCGGAUGGCAGCAUCUUUCUCGUUGUUAUGAUGGUGGAUUUAAAAUGUUGUAACCAAAUAUUUUCCUGUUAAUUGUCAGUAUUGUUGCCACAUUUUAUUAUUUAUUUAAUUUGAAUCACAAACAUAUGGGAAAGAAAUAGAUCUUAUCAGAUGGGACUGUUACUGAUUUCUUUCAGAUAAUACAUUAUAGCUAUUAGUUACUAUGACAACCCAUCAGGGCACAUGUUACAGUAGCAGGUUGAUUUUGGUCAGUUUAAAUUCCAUAGAUGUUUUCGCAAAAUACUUUGUUUUGUAAAAUAAAUAGUUGUCUUUUUCUGUAUUGUAUAAUAAUAACUCCAAUCUUCUGAAAAGGGGGUUUUGCCUUGGCUGGAUGUUAGGGAUGGAUCUGGAUGAAUGUCUUGUCUACAGCCCACGCCGAAACCUGGAUCAAACAAUAACAGUGGGUAUAUAGUAAUACAUUUAUAAUCAGUAACGUUUCAUGAAUGUGUCUUUAAAGCUUCUAGUAUUGCUUAAUGCAACGCAGAACAUGAGAAAAUAUGGAGCACUUGAUAACUUAUUGUUAUUCGAUGUAUUCUACACUCUUAGGAAAAAAAAGGCUUCCAAAAGGGUUCUUCUGCUGUCCCAAUAGGAGAACCCUUUUGGGUUCCAUGUAGAACCUUCUGUAGAAAGGGUUCUAUGUUGAACCCAAAAGGGUUCUAUCUGGAACCAAAAACAGUUCUUCAAAUGGUUCUCCUAUGGGGACAGCCGAAGAACCCUUUAAAGUUGGAGAUACCACCUUUUGUCUAAGAGCGUACUAUGUAGAGAGAUGAGCUAAUGCGGACACAUUUACUGUAUUUAAGGCAUACAUGGAAACCUGCAUAGCAUAAAAUGCAUGGAGUCUACUAAAGGAUAUGGGAGAGCAAAUGCCUCACACACACACACACACACACACCUCAGUCUGCACUUAUUAAAGAAUAAGCCUCCUCUUCUUGUCUCGGGGUACGCCUCCUUUCUCAAAGGACGCAUGUUACCUGUUAGAGAACACACACUGAGUCACUGAGCUGAAAGAAAUGCAUUAUCUCCACUGCACUUUGGAUUAUUAUAGAGGUAUAGAUGAAUUAACCUUUUACUGCAGUGGACUAAAUCAGGGUCACACAGAGUGGUUUUUUGUAGUCUUAAACACAUCUACUUUGAAUACAAAAGUACACACCUCACACACAUGGUUAUGGCCUUAAGAUAAGAAGACACCUGUACCAUGUCAGAUAUAGAGUUGAAAUGUAUUACAUUUUUAGUUUGCAUUGCAAUAUUACUCUUUAUAUACAUCACAGAAGACUGUGAAUUAUAACAAAACAGCUUGACAUAGAAACACCAGAUUUUCAGCGUAGAAAAACAUGUAGUAAUGAUGAAAUUAUGAAAACUAUUAAUUACGUUCCACCCAUGAGGCCACUAGAGGGCGUUUUGGUCAUUUGAGUGCAGGUAAUGUAUGCCACUUAUCAGAUGCUUUUAUCCAAAGCAACUUAAAAUAUGAUCUCUGUAUGAAUGAGCCCAUGACCUUGGUGUUUAUUGCUAGUACCACACUCUUAUCAACUGAGCCACACAAGCUGAGCUGCAGAGGACCAUUAGAUUAGAUUCUCAUUAAUGCCCACCCACCCACCCACCCACACUCACCUUGUUCCAAGUUUCUUCUGCCCAUAAGCCCAACAAAGACAUCAUCCAUCUCUCCUGUGACAAAAAUGGUUCAAUCAUUAUCAAAUGCCGGUGUUCGCAUUAUAUGAAAUUACAUUUGUCAUUAUUGUUCUAUUAAAAGUUAAUACCAUUUCUAUUGAUAUGUAAAACAAACAGUAAAUCAAUGGUUAUUCCUUACUUUUAUGUGGAGAGGGAGGUAGUUCAUAAAUAUCUGUGAAAAAGCAAGUCAAUUGUAAAAAAUGCAUAAAACCCAAUAAAAAUGUUUAUUCAAUAAAAAGUAAA